GUCGUGGGACGUAGUGAAAAUGGCCGCCGUUUUUUAGAACUGUCAAAGUGUCAAAAUACUCUCAUUAAUUUUAGUGUUUAGUUUAACAAAAUCGUUUUAAUAAUGCCAGUUUGUUCAAAAUCUCAUUAAUUUUUUUUCUAAUGUCUGCAAGAAAUGCUAAAAGUUGGUUGCAAAAACGAAAAUCGAAUAUUAAAGCCAUCGUACGGAAAUGAAUCAAAUGAAGUGACCAGUUUGAUAAUUGAUAACAAGGAAAGUAACAGUUUAAUUUCAUCAAACGGCGAUGUAGCGAACAAAGCUUUGGAAGACGGACCACCGAUGGGUCACAAAGGCCAUUACAAACGGGUUUUGUUAAAAAACAACGUAACUCAGGAUUUGAGGACUCAAAGUCUGCCCAACUGCUUAGUAGAUAACAAAGAGAAAACCCAAGAUGAUGUAGAUACUGUUGACAGUUGUGAUAUUCACAAUAAAUUGUUAGUGGAAGGUGGAAGUCCUCCGCAAUCGCCAUGGUUCAAAACGUGGCCUGAAAGAUGUGACAAAGUCAAAGGCAAUGAAAGCGCUACUCAUUCUUCACAGAAUACUCAAAUAAAAUUGCGAAAUUGUGAUAUUGUAGAAAAUGGUAAUGUAAAAAAUAAAGUAUCGUUAAGUGAAGCAUUGCAGAACAUAUCAUUAGCAUAUAGUCCUGUAACAAAACAGUUACACCUAGUAGAAACAAACAAUGAGGACAAAAACUGUAAUGUGACUGUAGACAGCACCAGUGAUAAAUUUACAGAACAUGUAUCUACUGAGAAGAAAGGCCACAAAAGGAACCAAGCUGGCUCUUUCUCUAGUACAGUUUCUAGUUUAAGUGAGCCAUCUCCAUCAAGAAGUUUGUUAGAUGCUGAUGAAAAAUCUCUGACUAGUUUAGAUGAUAGUGGGGACCAGGCGGGGAAAAAAGGCCUAAGCAAUUUUUUUAGCAGAAAUGUUUUUUCUUCAUGGAAGUCGGGAUCUGGAACAAAUGCAAGCUCCAGUGUUUGGAAAUUAUUUAGCAAAACUGCCAAGAGUAGUAUUUCAAGUUCGCCACUUCACGGUGUAGCAAGUUCAACUGCACUUAUACAACAUCCAAGACCGUCCAACUUGCCUGCGAAAACUCAAGAAGAAGAACAACGACAUCGUGAAGAAUACAAAGCUAUGAUUGCUGCUGCCAAGAAAAAAGAAGCUCAAAAUACAGCCGCUAGACACAAAUUGCAGAAAUUGCAGUUGCAACAAGAAGAACAUCAAGCCACUGCCGCUAAACAUUUCGUCAAACAUGUCUUGCCUAACUGGGAACAAAUGCAUACGAACAAGAAAACCAGGGAGCUCUGGUGGCAAGGUCUUCCGUCCAGCGUCCGCGGCAAAGUGUGGCGUUUGGCCAUCGGCAACGAACUAAACCUAACACCUCAACUUUACGAAAUAUGUCUUUCACGCGCCCAAAACCGUCUCAACAGUCCCGAACCGUCUCACUGUGAAAGCGACAUCGACCAAGAGAGCAGCAUGGACGUGAUACAAUUAGAUAUCUCACGGACAUUUCCCCACUUGUGCAUAUUUCAAGAAGGUGGCCCGUAUUCUGACAUUUUGCAUUCGCUUUUGGCCGCCUAUGUGUGCUACAGACCUGAUGUCGGAUACGUCCAAGGCAUGUCUUACAUCGCUGCCAUUCUCAUUUUGAACAUGGAACCUUUUGACGCGUUCAUCUGUUUCGCGAAUUUGUUGAAUCAGCCGCUGCAUUUGUCGGCCUUCACUUUGAAUCAGGAGCAGAUGGAGGCGUAUUAUAGCGCUUAUAAUGAAGUGUUUAGUUACAAUUUACCAAAGCUGCAUGCACAUUUCAAGGAGGCUAAAUUAACGCCCGAUUUGUAUCUGUUGGAUUGGAUUUACACGAUUUUUGCCAAGGCCAUGCCUCUAGAUGUGGCUUGCAGAGUGUGGGAUAUUUUUUUAAGGGAUGGAUUCGAAUUUAUAUUCAGAACUGCGUUAGGUAUUCUUCAUUUAAAUCAAGAUAUUCUAAUAACUAUGGAUUUUUUGCACGGAGCACAGUUCCUUACGCGUUUACCUGACGAUUUGUCGUCAGAUCAGUUAUUCAGAAGCAUACAAGCGGUUACGACAAGUAUAGGAAAGCAAAACUUUUGCCAAAUUGUUGAUAAAUAUAGCCUUUCUGUCAGGUAAUAAAAUUCCAAUUGUUUUUAUAAGAGAUAUUUAUUUAGGUGUUGGUUUUGUGAAAGAAACUCAAUUAAGUAAUACUUGAACUAGAUGAAAGGAAAACAGAUUUGUAUGUUAGUUUUUAGCUUGAAAUGCAGUUUUGCAGUAUAAUUAUAUCAUAUUUAUUUCCGUCCAGUUACAUAAUUACAGAAUCUCGUUGAAGGUGCUUAUGCAUUUUCUGACUGUUUCAGGUGAAUAUACUUUUUAACAAACGAUAAAUUACGCUUGAAAGUAUCGUUUACUCUUUAUCUUCUCUAACUUGCCAUUGUCUUUGUUUGAUACUAUGUGUAAUUACGAAAACAAAUUUUUGUCAUUUUUAAAGAUGGUUUUAAACUUUUUUUUAGAUAAACUUAUAUAUGUAAUGUUCAUAUUUAACAGAGUUACAUUUUAGUCAAAGGCUGUGUAAAAUUAUGAUAAAUCCAUUGUUGGCGACAUUGUGUUAAGGUUGGUAAAGAUUUUAACAUUUCUCAAUUUGGUGUUGUAGAACGGCCAUCCUUAAUGUAAUUUCCUUGUUGGCUGUCUGAAUAAUUAAAAAAAUUAAAAGUAAUUGUGAUUUUAAAGUUUUCAAUAGGAAGUUUGCAGUAAGUUUUUGUUGUGUGUCUCAUCGUAGCAAUAAUUAUAUGGUUCAUCUGUACAAUAUAAAAAAUUUAAUGCAAACUCCUGAAUUUAUUUUAGCAGUGGUAAAGUCGUACAGAGGAUAUACCGUUUUUACACCUUUUUCUGAUAAUUAACUUUAACUAAUUUUUAUGAACCAUUAUAUCUAGACUCCAGUAAGGAUCUAGGAUGUAAAAACGGUCAUUCUUUGGUACGGCUUAUACGAGUAUGUAUGUAUAUAAAAACGCUGAAACAACUUGUAUCUAUGAAAAUGCUUCAUUUUAUUUUUUGUAAUUUUAAGAUAAUAUGCAUAAUUUAUUAAAUAAUUUAUCGAUAGCAAGUGACUAAAAUAAUAUGACAUUUGUAAAAUGACAUUUGUUCUUUUAGGGAUCUUGUAGAUAUUCGCUUCUUUUAAAGUUACAGGCAUGAUUAUGAUUUAUGAACUGUUUGUAUUGUUAACAUUUAAGUAAGAUUAUUUUUUUUAUUCGUAUACAAUGGAAAUUAAGAUAUUGAAUUGAUAUGUACAUUUUAUAAAAAAUAAAACAGGAAAUGUACCUGA